AUCAUUAAAAAAAUAUAAAGAACACAAAUUAAAUUUUCUAGCUAGCUAUUUGUGUUCUUAGUUAUCAUAAAUGGAUUCGUUCAAGAUCUUUUUCGUUUGUGGUGUUAUUUUCACCUUAUCAAUCGAAACCACGCUAGGUAGCGUCGCGUGUGAAAAUUUGAACAAGGAUUCAUGUGCGUUUGCGGUGUCAUCAAGUGGGAAGCGUUGUGUGCUUGAGAAAAAUGUCCGAAGGAGCGGGGAAGAGGUGUUUGUUUGUAGUACCUCACAGAUUGAUACCGAUCAUGUCACAAACUGGAUCGAAAGUGACCGUUGCCUAGAGGCAUGUGGGCUUGACCGUAAUGUUCUAGGAAUCUCUUCUGACUCCCUUCUCGACUCGUGGUUCAUGCAAAAACUUUGCACUACUCAGUGUUACAAUGGUUGCCCCAACAUUGUUGAUCUCUAUUUCAAUCUUGCUGUUGGUGAAGGUGUGUAUUUGCCGAGCCUAUGCCAAACUCGAGGAGACAAUAAAAGAAGAGGGAUGAGUGAGAUUAGGAGCUCGGGCUAUGUUGCACCCGGACCAAUGGUGCCAGCAAAACUUAUGGCUAAUGGUUCCCCGGCCAUGGCCCCAUCUCCCACCGGUCCCUAUUAGCAUAACUUCAAGCUAGAACAAAGUAUUCGAUAUACGAUAUUAAUGGCGUGUUUGCAAGCUAUAGUCAUACUCAAAUAAGGAUGAUGUAUGCAGAAAUAAAGGUUAAGUUAUAGUUAUACUCAAAGAAGGAUGAUUUAUAGAGAAAUAAAGGUGUGAAAUUAUACAUUGUACGAAAGAUCAAUUAUAUUACUUGUAGUUGUUUGGGUUUUUUUUUCA